AUUAAAUUAAGUUUUUCUUUCACAACGGUGAUUAGAGAGUAAACUUGUCCUCGGUGCGAAAUUGAGUCGUCAAGGGAUGGAUGAGUGAAUGAUGAUGAGUGUGGAAAGUGUGCGAUAUUUAUGUGGAGUGUAAGGAUGUGAUUGGUGGAAAAUUUGGAGAAGGGAUAAGUGAAAUCCUGGCUUUCGAUUGGUUCGGCACUGUAAGUUUCCGCCGGUGAGCUGUGAUUGGCUCGGGGGUCCCGGCGGGGAAAUUUUCGUCGUGACAUCACAGCCGCUAGUCGGGCGCCUGAGGGAUUAUGGUUAUAAACGGGUCAUUAGGUUGAGGAAAGGUUUAUGAUUUGUGACUUGGACAGAUGUUCUAGACUUUCGAAGGAAUAAGGAAAUGGAUUUUUAUGUGGGAAUUGGCUCAAUAUCUCGACAGGAAAAUUAGGGAAUUGGCCCAAUGUCUAGAGAGGAAAAUUGAGUAUAUGUAUGUGUGUGCGUGUGUGAAUGACAGAGGUGUAGUGGAGACAUAGUCACCACAUUAUGAUAUUCUAAGGCAUGCUAGGAAACAAUCGGAAACAUACUCAAUUUUUUUCGAAAUUUGAAAAAAAAAUCUCCUGAUUCGAUCGAAGUAGCAUGACACGCCCCUGGUGACAUGAAAAUCCCCACUCUCAGAUCAUCUCACAUACGCAUAUCACUGCAUAAAACCAUUCUCACUAGUUGCAACUUCGUCACCAGUCAGUCAAUAUCUACAUAGCGUCUCGUGAAAGCGUCAUUACGAUUCAUAUUUGUGCACAAUGAAUAUAUUAUCAGCGGCCGUGACAUUAUUUAUUUUAUUCUUCAUCAGUCCCUCGACAUCUGCUUCACCUGUUGUGAAAAUUCAGCAUGGAAGAUUGCAAGGUACUUAUAUGAGGACAAGGAAGGGAAGAGAAAUCUCGGCAUUCAGAGGAAUACCUUACGCUCUUCCACCAAUCGGCGAAUUGAGAUUUGAGCUACCUCAACCCGUGAGUUCAUGGUCAGGCACCCGCUCGGCUGAACAUGACGCGGCAGUUUGUGUGCAAAACAACGUUUUUGCAGGUGAAAAUGAAUUCUUUGGCACAGAAGAUUGCCUGUAUCUGAAUGUUUACACUCCAAAGGUGUCAGAUUUUGAAAACGAACACGAUGAAACUAGGUAUCCAGUGAUGGUGUGGGUUCAUGGGGGAGGUUGGAUGUGUGGCUCCAGUGACUCUUUAUUGUACAACCCUAAAUUCCUUCUUGAUAAGGAUGUUAUUCUGGUAUCUUUCAAUUACAGAUUAGGGCCACUAGGUUUUCUAAGUACCGCCGAUGAAGUCCUUCCUGGUAAUCAGGGAUUGAAGGAUCAAGUUCUAGCUUUGAAAUGGAUUCGGGAAAAUAUUGCAGCAUUCGGAGGAGAUAAAAAUAGUGUGACAAUAUUUGGGGAGAGUGCAGGUGGUGCUAGCACUCAUUAUCUCAUGCUCAGUCCUCUGGCAAAAGGUCUCUUCCACCGCGUUAUUUCUCAAAGUGGCACAGCUCUAGCUCCGUGGUCUCGGACAACACCAGCCGCUGCAAAGAAGCAAGCUCAGCGACUUGCCAAGCAACUGAAUUGUCCUGUUGAACCUUCUGAAAAACUUCGAGAUUGUCUUCAACAUAAAGAUCCGAUUGAAGUGACUUCAGCCGAUGUAGAAUGGCGGAUUUUCAGCUAUGAUCCGGUGAUUCCGUUCAAACCUGUAGUGGAGCCAAAUCAUCCUGGUGCUUUUUUAGCGCAGGAUCCAGUAGAAAUUCUGAAAAGUGGGAAUUUGACAGACAUACCUUGGAUGACAGGUUUUACGUCACAUGAGGGCGCCCUUCGUGCAGCAAACUUGUAUGGACACGAUGACACGAAGCACUAUAUUCAGAAACUGGCCAACAAUUACUUGGAAUUGGCCCCGGUGACCUUCAUGUACGACAACGUUUGUUCAAAGUAUAUGCACACGCAAAUUGCUGAAAAAAUCAGAGAAUUUUAUCUUGGAAACAGAGCCAUCGAUGAAUCAACAAGAAUGGAUUUGAUACACAUGUAUUCCGACGCUAUGUUCACCGUCAAUGCAGCGAAGGCUGUGGAAAAGCAUCUCAAAAGUCUCGGAAGUCCCAUUUAUUAUUACUACUUGGCCUAUCGUGGCAGUAAUUCAUGGUCAAAGGUAUUCGGUGAUGGAGAAAGAGACUAUGGAGUCUGUCACUGUGACGACCUUCUAUAUCUAUUUCCCCAAGGUGAAGUUUUCUCACCAGGUAGUGUCUUAACAGAAGAGGAUGGGAAAAUGGUCGAUAUCAUGACAACUUUGUGGUACAAUUUCGCUAAAACUGGAAAUCCUACCCCCGAAGUUACUCCAGAAUUACCAGUGAAAUGGAAACCAGUGAGAACGAGCGCGUCAGAGUAUCUUUCAAUUGAAAGUCCUCAGCAUAUGCGAAUGUCUGAAAAUUUAUUGAAGGACAGACUGCAAUUUUGGGAGGGGUUACCGUGCGCUGCAGGUCUCGCCCCAUUGAUUGCAUCGGAUCACGUGAAGGACGAAUUGUGAAUACAGUGAAUAAUCCUGUCGCUUAAUAAACAACAUAUUAGUCUUCAUUAAAA